UUCAUGCGAUUUGCAAAAAAUAAAUUAGUUUAAUUAAGUUAAGCGCAUAUGAAUCGUGCUAAUUAAAAGUUGCUGUGGAGCAAGGUUUGCGUUGCGCCGGCAACUUAAAGAUGCCGAAAUCUGUAUGGAGUCUGUUGAGCGCUCUGCUCCUGUUGCUGGGCACACCCGUCAUCUCAUCACGUGUGUUCGAGUUGAGCGACCGCUUUAUUGAUGUGCGACACGAGGGCCAGUGGCUGGUAAUGUUCUAUGCGCCCUGGUGUGGGUAUUGCAAGCGGUUGGAGCCCAUCUUUGCAUUGGUCGGGCAGGCACUGCAUGCCACUAACGUGCGCGUAGGCCGGCUGGACUGCACAAAGUAUCCGGCAGCUGCUCGAGAAUUUAAGGUGCGUGGCUACCCAACGAUUAUGUUUGUCAAAGGGAACAUGGAGUUUACGUACAGCGGCGAUCGCAGCAAGGACGAGCUUGUGGACUAUGCUCUGCGCAUGUCUGGGCCGCCAGUACAACUAGUCACACGAACCGAAAGUGUUGACAUGCUGAAGGGUUCGCACACCAUAUUCUUUAUGUUUGUGGGGCAGCAGGAGGGUGUGGUGUGGGAUACCUACUAUGCGGCAGCGGAGGGAUAUCAGGAGCAUGGUUUCUUCUAUGCCACUAGCGAGGACAUUGCCACACAGCAUUUCGAUUUCGAGAAGCUGCCUGCUGUCAUUGUGUAUAAAGAGGAGCAGCAUCAUUUCUAUCCACAUGGUCAUGUGGCACACGAGAUGGAUCCAAAUGAAGUAAAUGAGACAAUAUUCCAGUGGGUCAAUGUCGAACGAUUCACUUUGUUCCCAAAAGUGACGCGCUUCAACAUACACCAGCUGCUGAAGACGAAAAAGUAUUUGGUGCUGGCUGUAGUCCAAGAGGACAAGCUCAGUCAGAUAGCCACGCACGAGCUGGAAUUCCGUGACAUGGUCGAGGGUGUCAUUCGCAAACAUCGACCGCGCUACCAUAAUAAAUUUCAGUUCGGUUGGAUUGGCGAACCAUCUAUUGCGCAUUCCAUCAUACUCGACCAGAUGCCAACGCCACACUUGAUAGCCAUCAACUCGACAACCCAGCAUCACUACAUACCCGACGAUGAUCCCUUGCAAAUGACGCCGCAGGCACUGCACAUAUUCCUAGAUUCGAUUAGCAAUGAGAGCGCCACUGCCUAUGGUGGCGAUACCUACUUUGUGCGUGUUAAUCGCGCACUCUUUGAGGUGCGAAAGUCCCUACGCGAUAUGUGGCAAGGAAAUCCCGUGCUGACGACCGUUAUUUUUGGUCUGCCAUUGGGCUUUCUCUCCCUCAUCCUAUAUUCCAUUUUCUGCGGCGAUUGCCUAGUAACUGAGGAGGAACAGGAUGAUCACGAAAAGAAGGAAUAAACCAUCCUCUCACCACUUUUUUCAUUUAUCAUUGUAAAACCAUUUUAUUGCUUUCGAAAAUUCCUGAGCGUACCAAGCCAAAUUCUAGUCGUAUUGCAAUGUCUGCCUUAAUUGCUAUCCUUGGCUGGACGAAUUUUGUAUUAAUUCAAUUUUGCAGACAUUGAACUUGAGUUAAAAAUUAAUUUAAUAAUAAAAAUAAUAGGUAAUUUAUAAA